UCUGAUUGGCUAGCUAAGCGAAAUCUGCUCCGGGCCUCGGCGGGUAAACUCUAAUUCGUUGCUGCCAUCAUUGACUCUCGAUUCUGAGGAAAGACAUCGCUGUUCCGACCACACCACAACCGCCACCACCUCUCCUCCACCCCCUCCAAUACCUCACACCCUCUCAAUACCUGCCGCCCGGCACGCUUCAGCUUCAGGAUGAUGUCCUCCAAGCUGCUGCGGCGGUCUGCCGGUAGACUCGCCCCCUCCUCCCAGCUCCGCAGCUUCUCCCGCACCACUCCCGCGCAGAAGAUAAUCACCAACGCCCCGUUGCGAGCGAAGGAGGCCAGUCCGUUUAUCAGCAACAAAUAUCCCGUCAUUGAUCACGAGUACGAUGCCCUUGUUGUCGGAGCAGGAGGCUCAGGUCUACGAGCAGCUUUCGGGCUGGCAGAAGCUGGCUUCAACACCGCGUGUAUCUCCAAGCUCUUUCCCACGCGAUCACACACCGUUGCCGCGCAGGGAGGCAUCAAUGCCGCGCUCGGAAACAUGCACAAGGAUGACUGGCGAUGGCACAUGUACGACACGGUCAAGGGCUCGGAUUGGCUGGGUGACCAGGAUGCCAUCCACUACAUGACCCGCGAGGCGCCGCAAUCCGUCUACGAGCUCGAAAACUACGGUUGUCCCUUCUCGCGAACCGAAGAUGGCAAGAUCUACCAGCGCGCGUUCGGUGGACAGUCGCAGGACUACGGCAAGGGCGGACAGGCUUAUCGAUGCUGUGCCGCCGCCGACCGCACCGGACACGCGCUUCUCCACACCCUCUACGGCCAAUCGCUGCGACACAACACCAACUACUUCAUCGAGUUCUUCGCCAUCGACUUGAUCAUGGAAGACGGCGAGUGCAAGGGUGUCAUUGCGUACAAUCAAGAAGACGGCACGCUCCAUCGCUUCCGCGCGCACAACACCGUCCUUGCCACUGGUGGCUACGGCCGUGCCUACUUCUCUUGCACUUCCGCCCACACUUGUACCGGUGAUGGAAUGGCCAUGGUCGCCCGUGCAGGCCUCCCGAACCAGGACUUGGAGUUUGUGCAGUUCCACCCGACUGGAAUCUACGGUGCCGGCUGUCUCAUUACCGAGGGAUCCCGUGGUGAAGGUGGAUACCUCCUCAACAGCGAGGGUGAGCGGUUCAUGGAGCGAUACGCUCCGACUGCCAAGGAUCUCGCCUCCCGUGACGUCGUCAGCCGAAGCAUGACGCUAGAGAUUCGCGAGGGCCGUGGUGUCGGUCCGGACAAGGAUCACCUCUACCUGCAGCUCUCGCAUCUGCCACCGGAGGUCCUUCACGAGCGCCUUCCGGGCAUCAGUGAGACUGCCUCCAUUUUCGCGGGCGUUGAUGUUCGCAAGCAGCCCAUUCCUGUCCUGCCCACCGUGCAUUACAACAUGGGUGGUAUUCCCACCAAAUACACCGGCGAGGUCCUCACCAUCGAUGAGUCGGGCAAGGACAAGGUCGUGCCAGGCCUGUUCGCUUGUGGUGAAGCCGCAUGUGUGUCCGUCCAUGGUGCGAAUCGUCUCGGCGCCAACUCCCUCCUGGAUCUUAUUGUGUUUGGUCGUGCAGUCAGCCAUACCAUCCGCGACAGGUUCUCGCCAGGUCAAAAGCAUCAAGAGAUUCCGGCAGACUCUGGUGCGGAGGCUAUCAGUGUGGUGGAUCAGCUGCGUACUGCGGAUGGUCCAAAGACCACGGCUGAGAUUCGUUCUGCCAUGCAACGCGUGAUGCAAACCGACGUCUCCGUCUUCCGAACACAGGAGUCUCUCGAUGCCGGUGUCAAGGGCAUCCACGAAGUCGACCAGCAAUUCAGCCAGGUCGGCACCAAAGACCGCAGUAUGAUCUGGAACAGCGACCUUGUCGAGACCCUCGAGCUUCGCAAUCUUCUCACCUGCGCCGUGCAGACCGCCGAAUCCGCCGCGAACCGCAAGGAGUCCCGUGGUGCACAUGCCCGCGAGGACUACCCCGACCGCAACGACGAGGAAUGGAUGAAGCACAGUCUUACGUGGCAGAAGAAGCCGCAGGGUAAGGUGGACAUUGGCUAUCGUGCGGUGGUUGCGACCACGCUGGAUGAGGAGGAGUGCCAUGCCAUUCCGCCGUUCAAGAGAACUUAUUAGAGAUCGUCGUGAAGGGUGGAGAGGGAGCAACAGUUGUACAUAUUAGCGCGAUUCCGUUGCGU